AAGGAUUGCCUCAUCAGUUGACUGAAGUGAUAAGCUCACUGUCCAUUAAGCUACAUCAGCAAUGAAGCAAUGAGAUCUGAGAAUAGAAGACCAUUUGCUAACUGUCAUCCCAAUUUCCAGUCAUUGUACAAGAAGAAAACAGGCUGCAGCAGAGUUCUGUGGAAGCUAGUUUAAAAAGGGAAAAAAUGCUUUCUUAGCUGUUUGCUUAUAAGCAGUUUCAGCAUAGCACAUUCAAAUUUAGCUGUAGCGAAUGAGAUAAAAAUGAGUGAAGUUCCUAGAUUCUUUGUUGGGCCUGAGGAUUCAGAAAUAAACCCUGGAAAUUAUCGCCAUUUCUUCCACCAUACGGAUGAAGAAGAUGAGGAGGAAGAUGAGUCUCCACCUGAAAGACAGAUUGUGGUUGGAAUAUGUUCGAUGGCAAAGAAAUCCAAGUCCAAGCCAAUGAAGGAAAUUCUUGAACGGAUCUCCUUAUUUCAAUAUAUCACAGUAGUGGUAUUUGAAGAAGAAGUUAUUCUGAAUGAACCAGUGGAAAACUGGCCUUUAUGUGAUUGUCUAAUUUCUUUCCAUUCGAAAGGAUUUCCCUUGGACAAAGCAGUUGCCUAUGCAAAACUCAGGAAUCCAUUUGUAAUCAAUGACUUGAAUAUGCAGUAUCUCAUACAAGAUAGGAGAGAAGUAUAUAGUAUUCUUCAAGCAGAAGGUAUUUUACUUCCUCGUUAUGCAAUUUUGAACCGUGACCCAAAUAAUCCCAAAGAAUGCAACCUGAUUGAAGGGGAAGAUCAUGUAGAAGUGAAUGGAGAAGUUUUCCAAAAGCCAUUUGUGGAAAAGCCAGUCAGCGCAGAAGAUCACAAUGUUUACAUUUAUUACCCAACCUCUGCUGGUGGUGGAAGUCAGAGGCUUUUUCGAAAGAUUGGCAGUAGAAGUAGUGUUUAUUCCCCAGAAAGUAAUGUACGAAAAACAGGCUCAUAUAUAUAUGAAGAGUUUAUGCCCACAGAUGGUACAGAUGUUAAGGUUUAUACAGUUGGUCCAGAUUAUGCCCAUGCUGAAGCUCGAAAAUCUCCUGCACUUGAUGGUAAAGUUGAACGAGAUAGUGAAGGAAAAGAAGUUAGAUAUCCUGUUAUUCUCAAUGCACGGGAGAAAUUAAUUGCUUGGAAAGUUUGUCUUGCUUUUAAGCAAACCGUUUGUGGCUUUGACUUAUUACGUGCCAAUGGACAGUCCUAUGUCUGUGAUGUUAAUGGUUUCAGUUUUGUGAAAAAUUCCAUGAAGUAUUAUGAUGAUUGUGCGAAAAUACUUGGCAAUAUUGUGAUGCGAGAGCUGGCUCCACAAUUUCAUAUUCCCUGGUCAAUUCCUUUAGAAGCUGAAGAUAUACCAAUUGUACCAACUACAUCUGGAACUAUGAUGGAGCUUAGAUGUGUUAUAGCAGUCAUACGUCAUGGGGACCGAACACCAAAGCAAAAAAUGAAAAUGGAAGUGAGGCAUCAAAAAUUUUUUGAUCUAUUUGAAAAAUGUGAUGGAUAUAAAUCCGGGAAACUAAAACUCAAAAAACCAAAACAGCUACAGGCAAUCCUGGAUAUUGCUCGCCAACUUCUUAUGGAGCUUGGGCAAAAUAAUGAUUCUGAAAUUGAAGAAAACAAGUCAAAACUUGAACAACUAAAGACUGUGUUAGAGAUGUAUGGCCAUUUUUCUGGAAUUAAUCGUAAGGUCCAGUUAACUUACCUCCCUCAUGGUUGCCCUAAAACAUCCAGUGAAGAGGAGGACAGCCGGAGAGAAGAACCAUCCUUACUUUUGGUUCUGAAAUGGGGAGGAGAACUAACCCCUGCAGGCAGGGUGCAGGCAGAGGAACUUGGAAGAGCUUUCCGGUGUAUGUAUCCUGGAGGUCAAGGAGAUUAUGCAGGAUUCCCUGGUUGUGGUUUACUUAGAUUACAUAGCACCUACCGACACGACCUUAAAAUCUAUGCCUCUGACGAGGGACGCGUCCAGAUGACUGCAGCUGCUUUUGCCAAGGGCCUGCUAGCACUCGAAGGAGAACUGACACCCAUUCUCGUCCAGAUGGUCAAAAGUGCCAACAUGAAUGGUCUCUUGGAUAGUGACAGUGAUUCUCUGAGCAGCUGUCAGCAGCGUGUGAAAGCACGACUUCAUGAGAUCCUGCAAAAGGACAGGGAAUUCACUGCUGAAGACUAUGAAAAGCUUACUCCAUCUGGAAGCAUUUCCCUUAUAAAAUCAAUGCAUUUGAUUAAGAAUCCUGUGGAGACCUGUGACAAAGUUUAUUCUUUGAUACAAAGUCUGACAUCUCAGAUCAGGCAUCGGAUGGAAGAUCCCAAAUCUUCAGAUAUUCAGCUUUACCAUAGUGAAACAUUAGAGCUUAUGCUACGCAGAUGGUCUAAGUUGGAGAAAGAUUUUAAAACAAAAAAUGGGAGAUACGACAUCAGUAAAAUCCCUGACAUUUAUGAUUGUAUAAAAUACGAUGUUCAGCAUAAUAGUUCAUUGAAAUUAGAAAACACAAUGGAAUUGUAUAGGCUUUCUAAAGCCUUGGCGGAUAUUGUUAUUCCUCAGGAAUAUGGUAUAACUAAAGCUGAAAAACUAGAAAUUGCCCAAGGCUACUGUACUCCUCUUGUUAGAAAAAUCCGCUCAGACCUUCAAAGGACACAAGAUGACGAUACUGUAAAUAAACUUCAUCCUGUGUAUUCCAGAGGUGUUCUCUCUCCUGAACGUCAUGUUCGUACCAGAUUAUACUUCACCAGUGAAAGCCAUGUACAUUCAUUAUUAUCUAUCCUUCGCUACGGAGCCUUAUGCAAUGAAUCAAAAGAUGAACAGUGGAAACGAGCAAUGGAUUAUUUAAAUGUUGUCAAUGAGCUCAACUACAUGACUCAAAUUGUUAUCAUGCUUUAUGAGGAUCCCAACAAGGAUCUUUCUUCCGAAGAACGCUUCCACGUUGAGUUACACUUUAGUCCAGGAGCCAAAGGAUGUGAAGAAGACAAAAACUUACCAUCUGGCUAUGGAUAUAGACCAGCUUCACGAGAGAGUGAAGGCAGAAGAUCUUUUAAAACUGAUAAUGAUGAUGAACCGCAUUCUUCAAAAAGAGAUGAGCCUGAUAGAGCUGUGCUAUUAUUCAAACCUAUGGUAUCAGAACCCAUUCAUAUCCAUAGGAAAUCUCCACUUCCCAGGUCUAGGAAGAUGACUACAAAUGAAGAAGAGAGCCCCCUGAGUGUGUCUAGCCCAGAGGGUACUGCUACCUGGCUGCCUUAUACCAGUGGUGUGGGUACUGGGCGUCGAAGACGCAGAUCAGGGGAACAAAUCACUUCUUCCCCUGUCUCCCCCAAAUCAUUGGCUUUCACAUCCAGUAUUUUUGGCUCAUGGCAACAGGUUGUGUCUGAAAAUGCUAAUUAUCUUCGAACGCCAAGAACUCUCGUGGAACAGAAGCAGAACCCUACUGUAGGGUCUCACUGCGCGAGCCUGUUUAGUUCCUCGGUGCUCGGGGGUUCUUCCAGCGCACCUAACCUACAGGAUUAUGCUCGUACGCAUCGUAAAAAGCUGACCUCUGCUGGCUGCAUAGAUGACGCCACACGCGGUUCUGCUGUUAAAAGGUUUUCUAUCUCAUUUGCUCGACACCCAACCAAUGGCUUUGAAUUAUAUUCCAUGGUACCAUCAAUUUGUCCUCUGGAAACUCUUCAUAAUGCCCUGUCCUUAAAGCAGGUGGAUGAAUUUCUUGCUUCCAUUGCUUGCCCAUCAAACGAAGUUCUACGGAAGACUCCUGAAAUUUCCACUGCAUCAUCCCGUAUCAGUCCAGGAAUGAGGAGAAAGGUCUCUUUAAAUACAUAUACACCUGCAAAGGUCCUCCCAGCUCCUGCAAGCACAUUAAAGGCAUCUAAAGCAAGCAGCAAACCAGCUACCAGUGGACCUUCCAAUGCAGUUGUUCCUAAUACCUCAUCUAGGAAAAAAAGUGUAACUAGCAAAGCAGAAGCACAAAAAACAACUGUGAAAAAGAAGUGACAUCUUAGUAGAAGCUGAAACUUCUUAUGCCUACAAAAAGCUCAUGUCCAAUAGGAAAAGACAUGUAAUAAACUUUAACUGCAAGCAAUCAAUGCAAACAAUUCAUUUCUCCCUAUACAUCUGUAUAUUCAUUCCUUUAAAAAUGUGUUAAAACUAGUGAAUUAUUUAUAGAUACGGGAACUUUUAUUCAUGAUAUGGAAAUGUAUACAACAGUGUUUACUAUAAGAAUUUUAUAAAUAUCAAAAUGUAUGGUGUUAAAGAUCUAUUAUUCUUAAUUUGUUUACCAUGUGCCUGUGCAACAGAAAAAUAACAAGAAGGCCACCUACCCUGUGCCAGUACCUCACCAAUAAUGCUUUACUUAAGGACAUGUGUGAAGGCCCCUGGAAACUUCUAUUCCACAGGAUAUCAUCAUGAGUAUAAAACACAUAUAAAUUAGAUUAAAAUUGGAUGAGCAGGAUGCAUAUUGAGAACUUCUGUUGAAGUCUAUUUCCAAAGAUAUUUCAUUGACCAUCUAGAUCAGAAAUUUUUCUUUCUGGUUGUUAGAUUCACAUAUAUGCUGCAAUAUUUAAUAACUGGAAUAUUAGCAUACGGUUUUUUAAUGUUUUCUUUGGAAUUUUUUAAAUAUUACCUGUAUGGGAAGGAUUAUUUUAUCUCUCUGCACAUGCAUUUGUAUAUUAAUUUGUAGAAAAUACUUUUUUUUUUUAAAUAUAUUUCCUUAUGUAAGGUGCUUUGGUUUGUCAGGAAAACUUUUGCUUUAUAUAUAUAUAUUUAGAGUUUCUUUUUAUGAGCUAUAGUUGACCAAUUUAUAAGUGUUACACACUUUGUUAUUUUUAGAUCCGAGGAACUCAGUUUUCAAGUGGAAAUUAAUGUGAGAAGAAUAUUUGAGUUCUGUAAUUAGUAGAUACUAUGUUUUGUCUCUCUUGUUUCCAUUUCAUUCAUACAUAUCUCUACUAUAUGGUUGAUCUCAGCUUAAAAAUUGAAAAAAAUAAUAAAAACAACAUUGAGUAUUUGGAGGCUGGAAAGAUAAUAUAAUAGGUAGGGCAUUGCCUUACAUGAUGCCAACUGUAAGGUUGAUCCCCAUCCUCUCAUAUAGUCCCUCAAGCCCUCCAGAAUAGAAUUCCUGAAUACAAAGUCAACAGUAAUCCCUUAGCACUGUCAGGUGUGGCCCGAAAACAAAAACAAAAAAUGAUUAGGCAUUUGAAAUAAGUGCAUGUUCCAAGUGAUUAAUUUUUAAAGAAAAUUGACAUUAUUGUGCUAUGAUUUCAUCUAUUUUGUAAAAAUAUUUAUUUUUUGGUGCUUCCUCCCCAGUGCACAGAGAAUAACCACACGAGAUAACUCCAACUGAAAACCAAACCUUUCAACGUCAUGAGAAUCCUGUGCAUUGCCAGUGAGAAAUUUAAAUUGCUAAAGACUUAGCCCUAAGCUUAUGUUUAGAAAACUUAUUUAAUUCUCAUAGGACUACAACUAUUAAAGUUCUUCAGGAGCCUCUCUACUAACAAACCAUAUCUAAACUUACUUUGAUAAACAUACUACAUAUUAGUUUUAAGAGAUACCAGAUAUAAAAAUCAUAAAUAGUCAUAGAGUUCAUGUACUUCACAUGAAUGUAAGUCUAUAUGGAGACAUUUCUUGUCAACAGUUGAAUGUACUUAAGCUUUCUGUAUGUGAAAAUGUUGUCAAUGGUUCAUUGUAGGACUAAGGAUACUGUGUGUAUUUUUUAAGUGAAACUGAAUUAAAUUUUUUUAUUUCCAGAAUCUGUAA